AUGACGCAGGGAGGGCAGCGGGUGGGAGGCGGUGGGGAUUGGUGGCCCCCUCCCGCUGGCCACGCGGACGGUAAUACGAGUGCGCCUAUGCGAGGCAUGUAUCUUGAACGGGCUGAUAUAACAGAGAACGCAUUACACCGCCUGAGGGCGGUGGACUGGGUCACCGUCCGCCGUGAUGGACACAACAUCUUCACUAAGCUGAUCCGGACUCGCAACCCGAAGGACAUCGAGGGUCAGGAGCUGCCGGGGCCGGGGAAGCAGCGACUUUCGCGAUGCCUCACUACCACGGACCUGACCUCGCUGGGGGUCGGCUCGUGCGUUGGAACGGGGAUGUACUUAGUAGCCGGGAUGGUUGUGCAGAAGUUUGCGGGCCCGGGAGCGGCUUUGAGUUUCAUCAUAGCAGCGGUGGCGAGCAUCUUUUCUGGUGUCUGCUACGCUGAGUUUGGGGUCCGUGUCCCGAACACCACGGGUUCCGCAUACACCUACUCCUAUGUGACCGUCGGCGAAUUCAUCGCUUUCAUCAUUGGCUGGAACAUGCUUUUGGAAUAUCUGAUUGGGACAAGCGCGUGCGCCCGCGCCCUGAGCGCUUGCUUCGACGCAUUGUGUGAUGGGGCUCUGACGAGCUAUUUCGCUCUACACGUCGGGUAUCUAGGCAAACCUCCGGACUUCUUGGCUUUUACGAUAACGAUCCUGAUGACGAUGGUGCUGGUAGCUGGCGUGAAGAAGUCGCUGUUCUUUAACAACGUGCUGAACAUUAUUAACCUGAGCGUGUGGGUGUUCAUCGUGGCUGCUGGAAUGUUCUACGCGAAGUGGGAUAACUGGUCUGCGCAUAAUGGAUUCCUACCGUUUGGAUGGAGUGGCGUGUUCACCGGGGCGGCGACUUGCUUCUACGCAUUUAUUGGUUUUGACAUCAUCGCGACGACGGGCGAGGAGGCGACUAAUCCGAAGCGAUCCAUUCCUCUUGCCAUUGUGUCUAGCCUCGGCAUCAUCCUCGUGGCGUACGUGAGCUGCUCGCUAAUGCUCACGCUUAUCGUGCCGUACGAUCAAGUGUCUACGGAGUCGGCUCUUGUGGAUAUGUUUGGAUACGUGGGAGCUCCUAUUUGCAAGUACAUCGUUGCUUUGGGGGCGCUCGCCGGCCUGACUGUUUCCAUGUUUGGUUCGAUGUUCCCGCUGCCCCGAGUGGUGUACGCUAUGGCCCAAGACGGACUGAUCUUUAAGCAAUUGGCGGUUAUUUCGGAAACAUCUGGUACUCCCGCGUUCGCUACGGUGUGCGGAGGCAGCGUUGCCUCUGUGGUGGCCCUCAUGAUUCAACUGGAGGUCCUUGUUGAGAUGAUGAGCAUUGGUACUCUUUUGGCGUACACUCUGGUGUCGACCUGCGUCCUGAUCCUGCGUUACCAACCGCACUCAACCAACCUCAUCGAACUUCUGCCGCAAAGUCUACGAACUCCCGUCGACCCUGAGGGAACUGCGUCCGGACAACAAGAAACAACCUUCGUUGCGACCAACCAGACCCACAUCAUGCCACCGGCCCAACGCGUCAUGGUCCGCCGCGUAACGCGCAGCUCACCGGACUCGGAUGACACUCUGCCCGGAGACGAGAGCGAGGAAUACGGCCGCGAUGACACUUUUCUUGUAAAUUCCAACUCGGAAAACAAGUUCUAUGGAGCUGUGCCCGGUGGUUGUGGAGGAGUCUCCCGAUGCCAGCGUUUCUUCGACGCGGUGUACCGUCAACUCUUCGCGAUGUCUUACCUCUGCCCUGGCCUUCUGCCCUGGGUGGACUGCGGACCAGCUACUGAACAAAGUGGAAUGUUCGUGAUCAAGGCUGUUGGUGUGAUGUAUGGGCUCGUUCUGGUGUUCGACAUCCUGGCUGCUUAUGCUAGCCCUGGAUCCUCCACCUUCACUGCUGUGGUCAUGGUGCUGCUUGCUCUGGCGAUUAUUACCAUCCUUCUGAUCAUCUCGCGUAAACCACAGAACCGUCAAGCGCUGAUCUACAUGACCCCCGGAGUACCGUUCGUGCCGGCCAUCGCUGUAAUCGUCAACAUCUAUCUGAUCCUCAACCUGUCCAUUCUGACCCUCGUGCGAUUCACUGUCUGGAUGACUUUAGGCCUGAUCAUGUACUUCAAAUACGGCAUCAAGAACUCGGUACUGGAGACGAACCCGCCCGUGGAAGCUGAACCAACCCCACCCCCACCAAACCCUCUCAACCGCACCAUGCUGCUACCUGGACCUUCGCAAUCCUACCCAGUUGGCGACCGCAACAUCUUCCAAGGCGAUGGAGCUGGACCUUUCGGAAAUGACCAAUUCCCCGACCCUCUGCUCAGCUGGCAUGUAACUGAACUGGAGCCCGUGCAGUCGACCAGCCGCAGCACUGCUGGCAAUAUUACUUUCAAGCAAGUGGAGUCACGCUAUGACGCUCAGACCAACAGUACCACCUCGCACACUUCAAGCCGCCCGCCCUGGGCAUACCCGGAUGUGCCCUAUGAUAGCUGGGAUGAUUAAAUUGUUUCUAUACCUAUACAGUAGACAAUUAAAUUUGUUUUAAGUUGUAUAGGUUAUGUUUAAUUCAAAUUAUG